ACAAACAUGGCGUCUCUCGUGGAGUUGCUGAAUGCUGAGGAGGAAUUGGUGUGUUUGUUGUUGUUGUUGUUGUUGUUGUUGUUGAUGAUGUUUGUUUUCAGUAAACUUCACUAAAACCCAUAGAAUGAGAAAAAGAGCUAAGAAUCAUACAAAACCCAGUAAACCUUGAGAUUAUCACUUGUCACAUGACAACAAAAUAUAGCUAUAAAUAUGAGAACAUGUAUAAAACUAAACUGAACAACCUCAUUUUUUAAUUUUAUUAAUUUCAUUACAGUUUUUAUUAAACAUGGACCUUUACUUUCAUUAAAUAGACUUAUUAUUUAUUGUAGGCUCAUUUUGUAAAUGCUAGCAGUUACUGUAGACAUCAGCAGAAAGUGGGAGCUUCCUGCAAAUGUCAUUUCUCUCAUUUACAAAAAUCAGGUGAUUAUGUUCACCCAUCAGUGUAAACGUCUCUUUAUUUAUAGAGAUAAAAGAGAGUUAUUCAAAAAGAAUGAGUUUAAUCACUGUCUGAAGGUGUAGUGUAGUGACUGUGUUUAUUUGUGAAGAUACUGAUGAAUGAAAACAUGGUGCAUUCCCAAAAAAUCUUUCAGCUUUGGUUUUAUUCUUUCAACAGUAUGUACAAAGCAAAUCCAAAUCACUAUUUUUAAAAACCUUUCCGUGAAUUUUGUGCCUGUAUCUCUGUGGUCCUGCAUGGAUGGAUCAUAGAGAAGCCUGUACAGUUGUUAUUCAUUUCCGGAUCUGGCACCGUGUGGCAAAUUACAAAAAAAUGCCGUGCAAACCGCCACGUGGAAUGAGGCCACCCGGACUCAACACGCGCGGCCGCGAUGACGUCAUUUUGCUGUGCGCUCCCUCACGCUACUGCGGAUGCAGGGAGUAUAAACCAAGCUUAACGCUGUCUAGCAUUAGUGUUCGUGUAGGGUGCCACAAUUUUUUUUUUUUUAAUUUUCAAAGGGUGCCGUGACUGAAAAAAAGUUGGAAAAUGCUGCUCCAGAUUAUCCUAAAAGGUGUUCAGUAAGGGGUUGAGGUCAGGUCUCUGUGCAGGACACUUGAGUUCUUGUAAUCCAAUCUUAACACGCCAUGUCUUCAUGGAGCUUGCUUUGUGCACAGGGGCGUUGUCGUGCUGUGGAACAGGUUUAGGUCUCUUGGGUAUGGUGAAGGGAAAUUCUAAUGCUACAGCAUACAAAAGCCUUAUUCCCAUUCAGAAUUAAAACAGGUGGUCCUCUGUGACUUUAUCACUGUCCAGAUUGGCCAUGUCAGUGCUUUAACGUCCUCUUCUAAGAAAAUUAAAGGCCAAAUUUUAUUUAUUUAUUUAUUUAUUUAUUUAUUUAUUUAUUUAUUUAUUUGUCAAACUCAGCCCUCAUCUGAUCAUUUAAGUCCUGUCUGGAUAUACAGUCUCAGGAUAUACAGUUUUAUCACUUGAGGAGACAUCAUAGGAUAAACUAAUCCAAUCUGAAUAGGCUAAAGUCAUCCCAUAAAACUGUGCUUCCAUCUUUGUGGCAACAGCUUGGGGAAGUAUGUGAUGGUCAGGUGUCCACAUACUUUUGGCCAUAUCGUUUAUUUAAUGCUGCACAGAAACUCCACACAGACAGCUACUCAAGGAUCGAACUAGGGAGACUUUAGCUGUGAAGCUACCUGCUGCGCAACUGUGUAAAUCCCCCACCACCAAAUACAAUAAUAAUAAUCUCACUUAUAAUACCACAUACACUAGAUGUAGCAGACCUUUAUUCCUUACUGCUUGACUUAAAUGACUACCCUUACAGGAAAGUCAAAUGAAUGGCAUCGCCAAAACACAGGCUGAGUUGGUUUAGGUAGUGGCUGUUCCAUAAAUGUCGUGUUAUUUUCUUAAAAAAUGAUUUGUCUACAAAUAUAGUAUUAGUAUACUAGUAUUAGGAUACUAAAAUUUAUCGUCGUGUUUAUUUAUUUUUAUUUAUUUAAAAUGGCACAAGUGAAUGAUUUUAUUGUCCAGAAGGGGACAGCACAUCAUCACAUUAAUACGUCCUAUUAAGUGAAAACAAAACACAAAUAAGUUUAGAAGACAAAUUCUUCAGAAUUUCUGUUUAAAAUCUAAAAUCAGCCUACUUUUGACAGAAGGGAAUCAUUGAACAAUGUUAACAACUUUCUUACUCUGCAUCCUGCAUUUAUGCUGCUUCAACAGAAAAGAAAGUCAAAGUGAUCCACCCAGUGCUGUUUGGUCUGUGUGCUUACAGAUUGGCUGAUACUAUACAGAUCUCUGUUUUAUUGUUUUUUCUUAUCAGUAAAAUUCAGGGGACAUUCAGACACACCUGUUCUCCACACAGCUUUUACAGACUGAACCAGGAAGUGUGAGUUGCUGUAAGUGACUGUGUGUGAGUUUAUUUUUCAGUAAAAUGGCAGAAGCAAAUAUUUUAGGACUUCAGAAUCAAUUCAGCUGUCCAAUCUGUCUGGAUCUACUCAAGGAUCCAGUGACUAUUCUCUGUGGACACACUUUCUGUAUGGUGUGUAUUAGUGGCUGCUGGGAUCAGGAGGAUCAGAAGGGAGUCUAUAGCUGUCCUCAGUGUAGACAAACCUUCAAUCCAAGACCUGUUGUGGGUAAAAACAGCAUGCUGGCUGAAGUAGUGGAGACACUGAAGAAGACGGGACUCCAAGCUACACGUCCUGCUCACUGUUCAGCUGGACCUGAAGAUGUGGAGUGUGAUUUCUGCACUGGGAGAAAAUCCAAAGCCAUCAAGUCCUGUCUGGUGUGUCUGGCCUCUUUCUGUGAAACUCACCUCCAGCCUCACUAUAAAUCUCCUGCCUUUAAGAAGCACAAGCUGGUGGAAGCCUCCAGACGACUCCAGGAGCAGAUCUGCUCUCAGCAUGACAAACUGCUGGAGGUUUACUGUCGCACUGAUCAGCAGUGUAUCUGCAUGUUGUGUAUAUUAGAUAAACAUAAAAGACAUGAUACAGUAUCAGCUGCAGCAGGACGAGCUGAGAAACAGAGGCAGUUGUUAGAGAUGCAGGGAAAAUUCAAGCAGAGAAUCCAGGACAGACAGAAGGAGCUUCAGAAGCUGAGGAAUUCUGUGGAGACUCACAAACGCUCUGCACAAACAGCAGUGCAUAAAACUGAGACGUUAUUUACUGCUCUGAUCAAAUCCAUUGAGAGAAGAUGUUCUGAACUGACAGCACUGAUCAGAGCUCAGGAGAAAGCUGCAGUGAGUCGAGCUGAAGAAGUCAUGAAGCAACUGGAGCAGGAGAUUGCAGAGCUGAAGAGGAGAGACUCUGAGAUGGAGGAGCUUUCACACACAGAGGAUCCCAUUUAUUUCCUCCAGAGUUUUCGGUCUGUCUCGACCACUCCUAAAUCUGCAGUUGUACCCACCAUGAGUCGUCAUCUCACUUUUGAGGAUGUAGUAAAGUCUGUGUCUAAUCUGAGAGAGAAAGUAGAAGAAUGCAGUAAAGAGGAGUUUGGGAAAAUAUUAGCUGGAGUGAGCUAUGUCUGUAUGUUUCCUGUUCCUGAACCCCAAAGCAGAGAAGAUUUUCUCAAAUAUUCCUACCAAUUGAGACUGAAUCCCAACACAGCUAAUAAGCUCCUCUGUCUGUCUGAGGAGAACACGUUGGUGACCUGCAGUUCAACACAACAGUCCUAUCCUGAUCAUGCUGAGAGGUUUGACUCUUAUCCCCAGGUGUUGUGUACAGAGAGUGUAUGUGGACGCUGUUACUGGGAGGUUGAGUGGAGUGGGAAUAAAGGGGUUUCUUUAGCAGUCUCAUAUAAAGACAUCAGCAGGAAGGGAAACGGUAUUGAGUAUAAGUUUGGAUUCAAUGAUCAAUCCUGGAGAUUGUUUUGCUCUCCAAAUAAAUUCAGAUUCAGUCACAAUAACAAUAAAUUUAGUGUCCCAGUAAUACCCAGCUCCUCUAGAAUAGGAGUGUAUGUGGAUCACAGGGCAGGGAUUCUGUCCUUCUACGGCGUCUCUGACAAGAUGAAGCUCCUCCACAGAGUUCGCACCACAUUCACUCAGCCUCUUUACCCCGGGUUUGUGGUUCGCUUGGGAUCAAAGGUUAAACUAUGUCAUUUAAAAUAGGUCUUUGUGAUGCUAGUGGAUUUUUGCGUGUGUCUGUUUCUGCAUGCAGUUUGAUGGGGUUACAGUAAACAACAGUGUACUGCAAUAGCAAAAGAAAUAUACAAUUGUGAAUAAAUAAUAAAAAAAUCUGAUUUGAGACAAGAACUGACAUCUAAUAAACUAACGUCUUCAUAAAUUUACACACAGUUUUAUAGUGAAAACAAAUAACAUUGCUACAGAUAAAAAUGUAAAAAAAAAAAAAAAAAGUAAAACCUUCUCAUCAGGCAAUUCUGCUCCAUUGUAGCAUAGUAAGUAAAGUAGAAAUGAGUCUUUUUUUAAAAAACAAAACUGUGUUUAAAAACAUGAAAGGGUCUCACAUUACAUUAUAUUACCUGUGGCAACAUAGUAGUUGUAGCUAAUAAAUUGAUCAUUUAUUGUAAUUAUGAUGAUUGUAUGGAGCGUGAUCAGUCUGUAAACCUAAAUAUACAAACCGCAUAAUGGUACAGUGUUGGUUAAAGUAGCAUGGAUUUUUACUAUUUCUAAUAACUGGAUUAUCAAAUAGAUUUCAUUAGUUAAAAUAAUACAAGUUAAAAUAAGGAGUUAAAAUAAAUUUACUCCUCACUGCUCCUCCUACGUACUUACUCCUACUAUAUUAUUAUUAAUCAAUCUUGUUAUAUUACUUAAAUUUGUGAUAGUGUGGUGCUUUAUUACAGCCAGACAACUGUGUUCAGUGGAGUCAUGAGGAAACAAGCUGUACACAGCAAAUAUAAAGUCUUUGUGUUGCUCCUAAUAACAUUACGUCUAUUUUACUCUCACACAUCAGUAUACUUUCUAUGUAUAAAUCAUAUUCUGAAACAUUGUGUAAUGCAAUAUUGUGUCUUUUAACGUUAGUGUGUUGUUUGACCUUCAACACUCCACACUAUGUUCAUUAUGUUUAGCAUCAUUAAGUCUAUCAAUGGUAAACUAACAUAACUCACAGUACAGGAUGUACCAGACACAUAAUCCUAUAAAGUAUGUCUGUUUUGAGUUGCAGAUUUUGUUGUAUAAUGCAAUGGCAUUUUAAGCUGCUGUUGAACUGUGAGCAAUAAACUUGACCAUGAACACAAACUCAAUGCCUUAUCCCUGACUCAUAUAUGUACUGAGGAUUUGGUCUUGAAUGUAUUUCUUUUUGGUUGUAAUGACUGCAGAGA